CUAUAAUAGAGUCUUCGCUUCCUCACUUCUAAUCUUUGCUGUGCUCAAUUUCUAACCCAAGUCGAUAAGAACGAACUUGACCUCUCCUCCUUUCCGGUCGUUCCUCCAUUCUGCCACAGAUAAGCAAAAUUUUCUCACAUAAAUAAUUGAUCAUUCGUCAAAGUGCCCCCUCAUCAAUAAUUCGACAAGAUCGAUAAAUUGAGCAACAGGCAAAUAUUCCCCACAACCGUCACACAGCUCAACACACUACGUACGAAAAUCUUAUCUUAUCUAAGAGAACACACAGAUAAACCUAAAUCAAUUACUUCUCGUGCAAACAUUGUGUGCAGGUGUUGAGCCCGUCCAUGACUCACAAGCAUGCCCAAGGACGACAGCCCCCAGGUGUCUCGUGACUACAGCUUCAGGCACAGCCUCCAGCCCAAGUCGGGGGCAGAGGCCCCCAUUUUGAGGCACACGCAAUCGCAGAACUACGGAGCCAAGAAGAAGAGAGUCAAGACGGUACCACCUCCCGCCAUUCCGGAGCUGGAGGUGGCUGAUGGAGACAAGGGGGCUGCCAGGACUAGUGUCGACGUGGUGAACGAACAUGUGAAACUUGCGGUGGAAAAUGAUAAGAAGAGGCACAGUAGAGCCUCCAGGAAAAAUAGCCAAGGGGUGGAUAAUGCAGGGUUUGAGAUGGAGGCUGGGGGGAGGAUUUCCAGGGGGAACAGUGCCGCCAGUAGUGUGAGGUCGUCUAUGAGGGACCCCAGCAUCACCAGUGUAGUGGUACAUGAGCAGUAUUGCUGUUGCUCAAGAUGGAGUCCAUUUGAACGAGUCCUUUGUGCCGCCGUUGGUGUUCUAAUUUUCGUAGUCCUAAUUCUAGUCAUCACUGUAAUACUAUUGGCUGUACGAAGUCCAGAAUCCAGUAAGAAGGCUGUUUUUUCAGUUUUUGGUCUAAAUUAGUGUGUUUUAUUAUUACAACUAGUAUUUGCUUCCAACUUGCCUGUAUUGAUGUGAUAAUUAGGAUAAUAAUCGAUGUGUAAUUAUUGACGAAAUAAAACGUGAAAUCUC